AGUAUGGCCGCAUCCCGCUCUUCGCGUGUCACAAGAUCAUCAGUGGGGAUUAAUGGAUUGGAUGAGAACUUCUGUGGUCGAACCCUCAGGAAUCGCAGCAUCGCCCAGCCGGAGGACUCCUCGCCACCUCCCACGCCCAGAGCCCGCUCGCCCAAGAAGAAGCAGGAUUGCCAGCAGCAGUACCAGCAGGCAGGCGCUCACGCGGGCAAGGCUGCAGAGUCGAAGGCGGACUCCGAGUCUUGGCCCACCCACAGGAAACGAGGGCUGUCUUGCUCGGAGAAGGACGAACCAGACAAGUCGGAGAACGGCGAUCGCACAAAGGCGACGGGGGGACAGGAUGCCUCCCCCGUCUUGAAGAGACCCAAACGUUGCUCUCGCUCAGGGGAGUUGCAGGGAACGGAGGAUGAAGCUACUCCCAAAGCGGAAAGCCCUGACCCUGCUGCAGCCAAGGACGGUGACCAGGACACCAAGUUGGAAGCCCCCUCAGCCCCACUGAACCUCAAUAAAGAAGCUGAGGUGAAAUCUGAGAGCCCUACGGAAGAGAGUUCCCCAACCCCACAGUCCAAGGACACUCACAAGGCCACUAACGGCCUGGCUGACCCUCAUCCUGAGGACCCAAAACCCACAGCUCUCCCUGCAGAACCUUGCGUGUCUCCCGCUACUGGCGCAAACAGUGAGUCACUGUUGAAUGGCAGCCAGUCAGUGGCAGAGCCCUCAACUUCAGAACCCAUUGUGCCUUGUAGAACCCCCCUCUCUAAGCAUACUGAGUCUAAUGAUAACCCUCAGGUUGAUGGGGACACAAACUGUUCUGCCGAGGCCGCUGCUGAGGACCUGUUGUCACAGGAGCCAGAGGUGGAAGUGGAGGUGGAGGUGGAUGUAGUGGGUGAAACCAGCCAGUCGUCGCAGGACGAACACAUUAAGGAUGAGAGCACUAACGGCGGCUUGGCGGCAGAGCCGCAGGAUCCCUCAGAUGACUGCUCGAAUAUCUCAGGAGAAACAGCGGCGCUGACCUCAUCCCGGUUGCCCUCAGAACCACCCUCGUUCACAGAGCCUCAAGAACACAGAUACGCACUGAGGACUUCGCCUCGCCGCGCUUCCUGUGGAGGCGGUGGCGGCGGCGGCGGUGGAACCAAAGCAGGUUCACCUAAACCUGCCUCCCCAAACAGAGACAGUGGUCCCCUGAAGGAGGAGACUGAGGGUCUACCUCUGGAUCUGGAGGACUCCUGCCAGAAGGAGUGCUCUUCUGACGGACUUGGUAUCUCCAGUGAACAUGGCAGCGAGCUCUCUGAGCAGGUGGAGGCCAAGGUCAGUGGAGACACGGGGGUGUCGGACUACAGGGCUUCCAAAUCCGCCAAAGAGUCCAUGGGCAACCAGGCUGCUGAGGAAGAGGAGGAGGACGAGGAGGAUCCUGAUGUCUACUAUUUUGAGUCCGACCACUUGGCUCUGAAACACAACAAAGAUUAUCAGAGGCUCCUCCAGACCAUCGGUGUGCUGGAAGCCCAGCGGACUCAAGCCAUCCUCGACCUGGAGACACUGGCGCGUCACCAGAAGGAGGCGUUAGCUGACCCUAUUGCUUUCGUGGAACAGCUGCAGAAGCAGGUGGAGUUGGGUUUGCCUUGUCCCCAGAGAGUGGUCCAGCUCCCCGACAUUGCAUGGGACCAAUACACCUCAGGCAUCGCCGAGUUUGAGAGGGAGCUCUACGACAAGAAACCCAAAACUAGACGGUUGAAGUUAAUUUUUGACAAAGUGGGGUUACCUGCUCGACCAAAAAGCCCUUUGGAUUCCAAGAAGGAGGGAGAUUCGUCGGCUCUGUACUCUCCUCUACCCUCUAGCGAUGCGCCAGAGCACAGUAUCGCUGGGAACAGAACUCAGAUGAUCAGGGGAAGGCUGUGUAAUCAGAACAAACCAGACACCUUUAACCAGCUGUGGAGCGUGGAGGAGCAGAAAAAACUGGAGGAAUUACUCCGGAAAUUUCCUCCAGAAGAAGUGGAAUCAAAACGCUGGCAGAAGAUUGCGGAUGAACUAGGCAACCGGACAGCCAAACAGGUUGCCAGCAGAGUGCAAAAGUAUUUCAUCAAACUGACUAAAGCAGGCAUCCCUGUGCCGGGGAGAACACCCAACUUGUGCAUGUACAGUAAAAAGGCGUCCAGUAAGAGACAACACCACCUUAACAAACACCUGUACAGGCCGUCAACCUUCCUGACCUCCUACGAGCCGCCUGUCUACAUGGACGAAGAGGACGAGCGCUCCGGCUUCUUCAGCAGUCUCCAAGACAACAACGCAGACGACUCGGACGAGGAGGGUAUACCGGUGGAGUGCAGGCACUUGCCUGAGUAUAAGGAGCUGCUGGAGCUGAAGAGGCUGAGGAAACAGAAGCUGCAAGAGAUGCAGGCGGGGAGUUCGCUCGUCCAGCACGUGGGCUACAAGUGUGAUGUGUGUGGCAUGGAGCCCAUUCAGGGCGUGCGUUGGCACUGCCAGGACUGCCCACAGGACAGCGCUGUUGACUUUUGUGCCAGUUGCUCUGACUGCUUGUUCAAAACAGAGACCCAUAAGCCCAACCACAGGUUGGAGCCAAUAACUCAAGCAGAGACCUUUCUGGACAGAGACUACUGCUUGCCUCAGAGCGCAGGUUACAACUACCUGGACCCCAACUACUUUCCUGCCAACAGAUGACAGGCAUAUGGGCCAGUGCUAGCAUCCAGGGCUUGGCAGCAGCCCACAGGGCAUUCAGUGCAUGGCUCCAUCAUCCAAGUCGAUACGCUUAGUCUGAGCGGUUGGGGCUGCCGACGGGACGUCCGUCGUCCCCGGCAACGUGACUCACACUCUCUGCCCCGGGGCACCACCACCACCACCACCACCAACAACAACAACAACAACCGGCCUCAGGCCGUCACACCUCACCAGGUCUCCUACAUAACUCACUAUGGAAAAGAAAAGAAAAGAGGAAAAACAAAAAAAGAGAAGGCACACCAACAUUCCCUAACCCAGGACGUUCAGAAGGCACCCUGUCCUCCUCCCUGCCCCCCCUCACUCUUCUCCCAUUCCCUCUCUCUCUGUGCUGCCUUUCUUUCCUGCUGGUGAAACGCUAGUGAAGCUACUCUCAAACCACACGUGUGGUUACGCGAGGGUUUAAAAAGUCAGGGCUGAAUAUGGCCGUACAUUGACAGAGGCGUUUCACCGGUUA